AUGUUUAGUAACAGCACAGAGGUUUCACAAAAUUAUUCUAUUCAGAUAAAGGAAGAUGACAAGUUCUUCUCCAGGCUUCUGUCCAAAGAGACCUCCAUGGCUAACCCUUCUUUCAGAGUCUAUUAUGGAGGCGUUGCUGUUGCAGUUCCAUUUUUGUGGGAGUCUCAACCAGGCACACCCAAAUGUAACAAAUUCGGUGAAAAAGCUCUCCCUCCUCUCACACCUCCUCCUUCUUAUUAUACUUCUAGCCCAAAUAUUGAACAAAAACCCAUCAAGAAACGCCGCUUCAGAUCCCUUAGUCUCUUGCAUAUCUUCUUCCCCAAGAUGAAUCAUAAGAAAACAACCAAUAAUGUAUCAUUUUCAUCCUCUUCAUGCUCGUCUUCAUCAACUUUCUCAAUGGUGGUUCCUAUAACUAGUCCUCUAAGAAAACAUCGCCAUGCGAGGAGCAAGUUUUCAAGUAGAGGAUCAUCGUUUGAUUCAAGAAUUAUAGAAGAUGAAGAACCAGCUUUUGGAUCACCAACUUCACCCCUAAGCUUUAAGCUUCGAGGAUGCUAUGGAAUUGUGAGGUGA